UUCUGCCCAAAUGCCCGCUUUUUCGCGCCUAUCUUACAAAGAAGUGCUGAGCAGUGCUUUCUUGUUGCUUCAUUGUGGCCAGGGCUAGGGCUAGGGUUCUUCCACUCCACGUCUAGGCGCCUCAAGGAUGUCGCCUCCACCGCCGGGAAAGGCUUCCAGGAAUCUCGAUCUCUUGAGCUGGCCGGAUAAUCCCGACGCAUCGCUCCAGAUUCGUACCCCAGUGCGCGUCUCGGCGACCAACGACAGCAAAGGCUUCGCGUCGGCGUCGGACGAGAGCUACCGAGAGUAUUCCUCGGCAGGCCGCCCCGGAAUCCGGACUCACCAGCCCGCGGGCGGUGCUUGUACUUACGCGUUUGGAGAGCAACUGUCCUCUGAGGAGGCCGAGGCGCUGCUUAAGCGGCGCCCCGGAUCAGAAUCAAAGAUGAAAGAAAUGUCAGGAAACAAGAUUUUCUGCGACGAGCCUGGUGCUGUUCCCGCCGCCCCAGAACGCACUGGAGUGAAACUCUUUCAGGCGAUUACUUUCGGUGACAACGAUAAUACGUCCCCUAGAAAAGCCACCACCCAAGCAGAGCUUGCAAAGCAGAAAGAAUUAAGCGGAAGUCAAGCCAUUCCCGACGAUGACGCACAGCACAAGCGUCUCCAGUCCAAUGCCAAGGUGAAGGAGCUUGUUGGUAGCAACAUUUUUGCUCCAGAAGACAAGCUACCACAGAAUGGUAGCACCCCAGUUAAAAAAAUCAAGGAACCAACAAUUCCUGUAGAUGAUGCUCCCGGCCUCAUGUCUCCCGGGGAAAGGAAGCGGUCACUAACACAGAAAACUGCCGAGCUUUGUGGCAACGACAUUUUUAAAAAUGAUCCUCUAAAGACUCCAUCCGACUCGAAGCACCUGAGCAGCGCAAAGCUUCGGGAGAUGAGUGGUAACGAUAUAUUUGCUGAUGACAAGCCGGUGCCGCGAGACUGCCUUGGCGGUGUGAGGAAGCCACCGGGUGGUGAAAGCACCAUUGCACUGGUCUAGAAGAUUUUCCUUCAUUUCCUCUCUGCUGGUGAUUUUAACUUAACACUGAUUUUCUUUUGUC